UUUGUAGUUUUGCAAGAAGAGGAGUCCAACACACGUUUUGAGAAAAUACUCAAAAUGGUGGAACCGGAUGAGAGCUACGUGAAGUCCAUGCUUAGCAUGGGCUUUGCUGAUGCUGCACUUAUACGCAGAGCUCUCGUAAUCGCCAAGAACGACCUAAAUGUUGCUGUUGGCUUGCUAACUGACGACACAGGAAACAUGGAGUUGUACGAAGAUGCGGAAAUGAGGGACACAGAAACACAGCACGGUUCCGACGAAGGAGAGAUGGAUAUACCUUCUUUAGACAAUAUUAAUAAAGACACAGAAGAAGGAGAUGUGUUUGAAGACUCAUCGGGCGAACCACCUCCAUACGACGAGGUUGUAAACACUGGCGAAAUAGACAUGACGAAAGAUAACUCCGAAUCUGGACCUCUGGAAUUCCCAACAACCCAUUUGUAUGAACUAGAAGGGCGAGUGUUUGGAGAGAGUUGGUCAAUACCUUUUAAGAAGGAAGAAUCGCUGGGAAAAUGUCUGAUUUAUUCGACUAGAUUCGCAAAGGAAGGAUUAGCAGAAGCAGAUGAGAAUUGUAAAAGAUUCAUGGAUAGGGCAUUACCAGAAUGCUUCAAAAAGUUGCUGACGUCUUCAGCUGUCCAGCAGUGGAAUCCACAAGUACAGGAGGGUAUUUACGACAUGCUGUGCUUGUUGAUUGACUUGAUUGCAGUCAGACUCAAGUAUACACCUCCUCCUUAUGGUCUCUUGCAAGUUCUAACACAGGCAUUUGACCCAGACACAGAGUUUCAAUUCAAGAACAGAACAAGACAAUGGAAUAAAACAUACUAUGAAGAACUGUUUGGAAUAGACAAAUGUUAUGCUGUGAGCCCGCAGAAUUCCUACUAUUCUUCUGAUAAGGAUCCAUAUGGUUGGUUGGUGAAUAUCAUAAACAGGUUUGCUGAAAAAGGUGGCUUUGAGGAGAUUUGCAAAUUGAUUGAAUCUGAAGARAAUGUCACUGCACCAAUGCUGUCAGCUUUAUUGAAACCAAUUGGAGUUUGUGCUGCUUACCUAAAUGUUCAAGUCAUUCCUGUUGUUUUUAGCAAUGUUUUUGAGAAGAAUAUUGCAUACAUCCAAGAGCUCAGUGAUGAUAAUAUGAAACAAAAGGAAGUCGGUAAAGUGUUUGACUUGUUAACAACCUUAAAACUACUCUGCAUGAGACUCUGGCACAAGGAGGUUCCAGGAGUGGAUGAGCUAAGGCUUGAAGUUGCAUUGAAGAUGCUGAAAACACCACAUUUUAAUGCCAAAAUGAAUUCCCUCAAAGAGGUCUGUAAGCUGAUAGAUGACUCAGAAAGACACAAGAAUAGUAAACUCAGUAUACCACAACAGACUCUYUUUGAUUGGCUUCUUCAAAACAAAGUUCUUUCCAUUGCAUUUGAAAGUAAUUUGCACCAGUCUCAAUAUUGUGAUCGACUCAAGGUUCUUGUAGAGUUUCUKGGCAUGAGGCUUUCCUUGGAUGAACUCACGACUAUCUGGAAAAUGCAGUUUGGAAAGCAUCCAACAGAAGUGGAUAAUAUUCAUAAUAUUCUUGCUACGGCUGCUGUGAGGUUUCAUGCAAAUCAGCUUGAUCAUCUCUUUAUUCUGAUUCAACAGAGUUGGGAAAUUGAGAAUGACAGGAUGAAAGAGAAACUACUGUUCCUCAUUGGGCGCAUCGGCAAGGAAGCCAGAGUUGGGAAAGUCACAACAAAAGUCCUAGACCUGCUCUGGAGUCUAUCACAUCUCCCUUCACUGACGACAGACAUGGUAGACCAGGCUUUAAGAUCACACAUUGAUAUCUUGAGUGACUCAUUUGCAGUCAAGGAACAGAUCAAGAAGAGUUACGCUGUAAAGUGUGUGGAGGAUAUUAAGAAGGGAGUGUGGAUAGUGCCGGCAAUACGACAGUUAUUAAAGAUUACUAGAGGGAUGAUUAAACAACGUUUCCAGUGUUUCAAGACUUUUUUCGAGAAUGUCAAUCAUAAUGAGCACAAAAUGAAGAAGAUAGCCAAUACAUGUACAUAUACCAUAGAGAAAAUGGACUUAACUGGUUUGGAUUACCUGUGGAGAAUUGUCCUUGAAGUCCCAUCUGAAGAAAUAGCAAUGUUGGCUAUUAGGCUGCUCCUUAAAUUAAGCUAUACUUGGCUGUCUCCAAAACUCAAAAAGGAUUCUCUAAAUAUCCACAAGAAAUUCAUUCUUGAAUGCUACAAGCGCCUUGAGCAUAUCAUGUCUGUACUUGGUCACCAUUCAGUGUCACAUGCUGCCACUAGCGCUACAGUAGCAGCAACUGUCCCUAUUACUCAUGAAGCAAUAUUGUCACCUUCAGCUAUCAGAACAAACAACUUACUAAGCAUCGAAAGACUUCUUAUGAUAGCAGAGCACUAUAUUAUAACUGUGGAGGAUCUUCAUGCUGGACCAAGGACCCUACUACCCCAUGGUGCAUCAUUCCAUGGUCAUCCAAUAACAGUGAAUAUAAACUGUGACGUUCCUAAGCAGCACAUUACACUUCAGUGUCACAGUAAUGAAUCACUUCGUUCCUUGCGUCACCGAAUAGCUGGUAGAUUGAACGUCACACCAGAGCAAGUACAAAUUUUCAACAAUGAAAAAAUGCUGCUUUCCUCUAAAGAUCCAAAACUCUUGUACCAACUUGAAUUUGAAGAUGAACAGAUAAUUUUCGUGAAGACAACAGGGUCAUCAGUCACCAUGGUAACCAAUAAAGAUGAAAUAGAGAUGCAGGACAUCCGAGCAGAUGACACAAGUGCAAGUGGAUGCAAUCGGCAAGCRUAUGCACUGGAACAAGAACGYAUYAUGCCWGGUGUUAUCAUGUCAACRGAGUGUAGAGCAUUUGAUAAACUAUAUCAGUUAGCAGAACUUGAAGAACCAAGCAUAACGUCCCAUGUACAACGACUUCUGAUGUUACUYCCWACUGAYCCAGUUGUGCAAGAAGCYUUGGACUCCAUUGGGCAGCAGUUUACUCUGACCUGUACAACUGGAAGUACAUCCAUGGAUGAUUCUGGUGGAGUUGUACCCACAACAACCAACCUUAAGAACAUGUUUCGAUGUACUGCAGCAGGGAUGUCACCCUUUAGAGUCUUGUACAACCUUGAGGUCUUGAGUGGUAAACUGAUGCCAACUCARCACAGAGAUGGCGGAGCAAGUGCAAGGGCUUUCAAAGAGAACUUCUUGGCUGCCUCUGGUCUAGAUAUUGUUGUAAAUAUUUUACAAAAAGAUAUGUUUCCAUCUGAUGUUGAUACUGAAAUACGUCGUGAUUGCUAUUCCAUAUGUCUGCAGCUUGCCAGGUUUCUUUUGUGUGGUCAGUCAUCUGAGAAUUCCUUCACUACUCCAUCGUCCCCCACAAGGGAUAGUGCUACCAUAGCAACAUCACCUCUCUCCAUGGCAACCAUGGAUUUGGAUCUCAAUGACUCGUCUGAGCCCAAGAGACCAAGGUCCAGCAGUAUGAUUGACGAUGUCCAUCCAACAGUGCGGGCAGCGAUAGAGACAAUGAACCGUGAUGACUUUGCCGAAACUAUUGCUUGUCUCAUGCGUGUGGCCUGGGCUGCAGCUGCYGGUCGAAUYCACCUGGCAGGGGGUAGRCAGAGGCUGUCUAGUCAAAGCUCCGAUGAUGAUGGGGGAGGGGGGAGUGACUCUGAUUCCCUAAAGUCAUUUCGAUCAAGUAUAUCGUCCAAUACAUUGGAAGUCACUAACAAGGACGUUGUAAUUGUUGCUGAAGCAUUACAGCUUUUAGUGUUAUGUUUACAGCUUCGAACGUCAUUAAUGGGAGUAUUUUACUAUCUCCCAAGUGUAAAUGAUUUUAUUGUUGAGAUAAUUAUUGGUACUCCACAUCCGCAGGUUCGGAACACAGGAGUCGAUCAGUUUCUUAUCUUAAGUCAAACGCCAGUUGGAGAUCCCAAAGUGCAGACUCCAAAUCAUUUUAUACUUAAUGUUUUAUUAAACGCUCCUUUACCUUUAUGGACACCAAACCUUUUUGUCAGGGGUAAAAAUCAUAGACUUCAAAAGAAUUGUAGCCAAUACUUCGAUCUUAUAUGUCGUUUAAUGGAGUACUUAACAAUUACUGAGCAAAAACAAAUGAAGAUAAAYCCCACUAAGAUGAUAGAAAAUGAGAUUCAAUGGUUGAUGAAUUUUGAAUCUGAUUCUGUUGCAGAAAAUGAAUCGUUCCUGCUGGCAGGACACCUAAAACUAACAAGAACCCUGUUCACAAGUGAAGGCAUUGAUAAACGUAAAUGGGGUAAAAAUUUAAUUCGAGAUCUACUGGAUGACUUCCUCUUCCCAGCCUCAAAGCUUAUUUUUGACACAAGAAAGACACCAACAAAGGACACCAUUAUUGAUGUUUACCCAAAGUGUGUUAGUAAAGAAUGCCAAGUUGCAGCGUACGAAUUACUUGUGGAAAUGGCCGAAGGAUGUUGCGAGAACCUAUUUGAUGUAGUAUCACAACUGAUUAGCAUGCAUCAUACAGGGGACCCUGUCACGUUCAAGGAAUGGGAGUUUCAGCCUCCAGUGCAACCACGGGCUUCCUGUGGAUUUCUUGGACUCAAAAACGCUGGAGCUACMUGCUAUAUGAACUCUGUCAUACAGCAACUCUAUAUGCACCCUGGGAUUAGAGAGGCUGUUCUUGGUGUKGAUGACGAUCAAGUUGAAAAAGAUAGUGUCUUCUAUCAAAUCCAGUCGGUUUUUGGUCAUCUUAUGGACAGCCAACUCCARUAUUUCGCUCCUGAACAGUUUUGGAAGAGUUUUAAGCUCUGGGGACAGCCUGUUAACGUUCGGGAACAACAGGAUGCGUUUGAGUUCUUCUGUAAUUUGACAGAUCAGCUUGAUGAACAUUUGAAGCAAAAAGGGCACAACCAGCUUUUCAAAAAGACGUUUUGUGGAAUGUUUGCUGACCAAAAAAUCUGCAAGGAUUGCAACCAUAGGUAUGAGAGAGAAGAGGCCUUCCACUCGCUGCCUGUGACUGUAAAGAACCAUCGAUUGGAAGAUUCACUGGAACAGUUUGUCAUCGGGGAGAUCCUUGAGGGUGACAAUGCAUACUUUUGUGAGAAAUGCAAUGAACGGCGGACCACCGUCAAGCGCAUGUGCAUCAAAACUCUACCUCCAGUACUUGUUAUUCAACUCAAGAGAUUUGGCUACGACUGGGAAGCCGGACGCGCCCUCAAGUUUGACGACCACUUUGAGUUUCCAUGGGUACUUAAUAUGGAGCCUUACACCAUUGACGGAGUUGCUCGCCGUGAACAGUUCAAUGUCGCUAACAGUGAUUCAUGCAGUGAAAGCGGUAGCUCUACAGACCUAACAAAGACGGUUUCAAGUCAAUCUCUCUCGUCAGUACAGUCAAAUGUAUUACAGCCUGAAAUUACGUACGAAUUAGUGGGAGUUAUUGUACAUAGUGGGCAAGCUAAUGCUGGGCAUUAUUAUUCUUUUAUUAAAGAUAGAAGGAAUGGUUAUUCUAACUCUAAAGGAAAAUGGUACAAAUACAACGAUACCUUUGUGGAAGAGUUCGACAUGAAUGACGAGAAUCUUGAAGCUGAGUGUUUUGGUGGAACUUACAAAGCUACUGUAUAUGACACAGUCAAUUCCUACCCAGAGACGCGGCAUCGAUACUGGAAUGCCUACAUGUUAUUCUACGAAGCUGUCGAGAACAACAAAACACAGAAUAAUUUUCUUCAUCCUAGAGGACCUCUAGUCAGACAGGAACCUAUCAUUGAGGGAAGGUCCGGUCCACCAUCACCGUCRUCAUCAUCAAUCUCGUCGAGUUCCGGUCCUCCRUCACCCACUCGCAGCGAUGGYUURAGUCAAYURACUGCACUUGUACAGAAGGGCGAACGRAAAGGRAUCUUCAAGGAUAARAUGCCAGCKAGUAUACARAGAGUGGUCCACGCCGAGAACCUUCAGUUCAUGCAGAAUCGUGACGUCUAUAACACUGAUUAUUUCAAGUUUAUUCUUAGCUUAGCUUCUUGUAAUAGAGGUUACACGUCUAACAAGCAAUUACUCUUCGCUGUAUGCAGUCUACAAUUGUCCAUACAAUUCUUAUUCAACACAUACUUGAAGACCACAAAGAAAUUACGAGUUCAUACAGAAGAGUGGUGUAGUAUCAUCGAACAUCUACUCAAGGGAAAUACCGAGGCUUGUACGUGGUUCGUGCAGUUCCUGUCAGGAGAACGAGGCAAAGGCUACAUCAAGCCAUUCUUACUGGAAGCUCCAUCUCAAGAAGUUCGAUCAGCUUUUUCACGAAUUCUCKGKCUUGCGUUUGAAAAUUACAUUUACCACGAUGGAAACGUUGAAUCAGGUCCAUUUUUCACUCUGAUGGAAACCAUUUUGGCGAUGUGUAACCGUGAGGUAAUCGAUCAUCACAAGACAUGCGCUGAUUAUUUUUGGCUGUUAAAUAAAUACGCAAACAUGAAUCGAAGGACAUGCGAGCAUUUGAUCGCCAGAGGAGCAUUCAAAAGGUUUCUCAGCUUUCUUGUCGGAUCACAAAAUAGUAAUAACCGUCGAUGGAGCUCCAUUCAGUCGCAGGAAUUCACAGGUCUUUAUGCUGCUAUCGCUACAUUGGUUUGCAGCUGCGAUGUAUCUCCACGAGUUACAUUAGAGACAGAUUCCCCAAGACAAGUGUUUUUGAGUGCAUUCAGAGACAAGCCAUUAAUUACAAUGCCGCCCGAAAUCGAUGAUGCCUUGUUUGGCGUAAACGCUGACAGAUACAUUCGAGAGGCCACUCAAGCAAUUUGUGAAGUAGCCGACACAUCGGUGCAUUUGACGAACAUGUUUUUACACUGUAGUUGGUGUAACGAGCAGUUUUCAGUUCAAGUGCUGAAACAUCUUAAGGGUCAAGUCGCUAACGUGGCUGCCAACGACAUGAAGAGUGUGUUUACAACAUUACUUCGUAUACUUGUACUCGACGAUCCUUUACAACUAGCUCGAAUAAAAAGCACUGUAGAUGAUAACGAUGGAAUACUAGCUAUAGUUAAGUCAAGUAAUCACGCUGACAGUCGACGAGCAUAUCAAUGCAUCAAGUUUCUAGUGCAUCUCGCUCAUCGCUGUCAAUCAGCCAAGGACUAUCUACUACAAAACUCCACUCGAUGGCAAUGGGCCGUACACUGGUUAAAAACUAAAAUGAACGAGCAUUAUUGGCCGCCCCAAUCCACUACGUCCAAUGAAUACUCUUCCAGYAAGACCUUCCAACGGACUUCCAGCGCAGCCGAUACGCUAGCCGAAGCGACGGCCCUGUUGACCGAGCUGGAAGCUAAAGAUAUCGAAGGACUGAGUACUAGUAUGCUGGACGACUCGGCCGUAGUUGCGGGAUCGGAGGACUUAGAUAAGGAUAACCCYACCCCCCUGGAGUGAYGAGGUKKARUAAAGGAGCUAAUCUCUAUSCAAUGCCGGAUGCAACCGCGGCAAUCUAGUUAUGAAUGCUGCCUGGAAUUGAACAAUGAAGUGACGUCAGCCCCAUGAGGGGUCUACAGGGGAAAUAUGGGACGAUAACAAUUGGCUCACUUUUUCUCAGUGASCAAACACUUCAGAACUUUGUCACGCAAUACCUCGUCACGACGARGAUGACAGUCACACUGUCAGUCACACAAUCUUUAUGUAACUCCGAUGUUGCUUCACUGGGAUUAAUUCAUAGCCCUUGGAAGCUCAUUUGUGUGUAUUASUAGUUUUCAUUGUAAAACAUCACACAACAUUUCGGUCACGCCAAAAGUGUCAUGCACCGCUUCUGUCACGCUAUUCAAUGCAAUUUGAAWCUUGAGUGAAAAUGUACAGUGCAAGAAAUCUUUCUUUUCCUGUGCAAUUCAUUGCUAUUUGUCUUCACAAAACUGGCAACUAGAAAGUUUAACUUCGCCUCAAAAUAAAGACGCUUCUGUAUCUCGCAAUCGCAUGAACAUAAAAAAGAUUUAUUAGGACUUUUACAGCAGACUUCACCUUGUAAGUAGUUAAAAAUAUUUCUCUUUAUUAAAAGAAGAGAAGCGUGCAGUAUUUAAGUGUAAUAAGUCACCUCAACAGAUUUCAAUUUAGAAUUAUUUUUUGGCAGCUUUUCUGUGAAUUUUCAUUGUAACUUCAAAAAUGAGAAAAAUAAAAUAUUUAUGUGAAUUUUA